CGCCCCUUUCCAUCAUAUCUGCAGUGAUAUUCAGACACACACGCGCUCUCUCACUGCGGUACCAGUAAACAAACCUGAACACGCAGUCUGUUCAUAAUGCCAAACUGGGGUGGAGGAAACAAAUGUGGGGCUUGUCAUGGGACGGUCUACCACGCUGAAGAGGUCCAAUGUGAUGGAAGAAGUUUCCACAAGUGCUGCUUCCUCUGUAUGGUCUGCAGGAAAGGUUUAGACAGCACUACGCUGGCCAGCCACGAGCAGGAAAUCUACUGCAAAUCCUGUUAUGGUAAAAAGUACGGCCCGAAAGGAUACGGGUACGGCCAGGGGGCAGGAACGCUCAACAUGGACCGCGGCGAGAGGCUGGGCAUCAAACCGGAGGAGACCCAAACUCAUCGGCCCACCACCAACCCGAAUCCAUCGAAGUUUGCUCAAAAAUUUGGAGGCGCAGAGAAGUGUGCGCGCUGUGGGGAGUCUGUGUAUGCUGCAGAGAAGGUGAAGGGCGCUGGAAAGCCGUGGCACAAGAACUGCUUUCGCUGUGCCAAGUGUGGGAAGAGUUUGGAGUCGACCACUCAGACAGAAAAAGAUGGCGAAAUCUACUGCAAAGCGUGUUACGCAAAGAACUUUGGACCCAAAGGAUGUGGAUAUGGUCAGGGAGCAGGGGCUCUGGUCCACGCUCAAUAACAGUCAUGACUUCUUUACCAUUAUCUAAACUUACUAUUAAUUUAAAAAAAACUUAAAAGGGUUAUAUUGGUGCAAAGAAAAGUCAAUUUCAUAAGCAUCUACUUUUAUGAAUAAAAUAUAUGUAUGCAAUAAAAACUGAAGAGAAGCACACAAUCUAUUUUACUGAUAUAAAUGUCACUUAUUUUUUAAUGAGACCAAUAGGAAUUGACCGGAUCGUAAAAAGUGAUUGUUGGAAACAGAAAAUGUUAGGAGGGGAAGAUUGAAAAAAGUCCUAAUUUGAUGAAUGAUUAUAUACAGAAACAUUUCCUUGGGAAUAAAGUGCACUAUUGGAUCAUGCACCACAAGAUUACAUUUAAUCUCACAUUGGCCUUAAAGAGACA